UUUGCUGUUUGAUUUCGAUCGGUUUCAUUUGCAUCUGCUGCGUGCCCGUGUUGUUGCUUGUUAUCCGUGGCCUAGUUCGCGUGUUUAAUUUAUUUGUUAGAUAUUCUUUUUGGGAAACAGUUUGAUCAGGUUUUGAGCCGAAAUGGAUGUAGCAGACGCACACGUUGGCCAGCUUCGCGUUAAGGAUGAAAUUGGAGUCCGGUGCCAGAAGUUGUUCCUGGACUUUUUGGAAGACUUCAAAGAAGACGGCGAGAUUAAGUACCUGAAAACGGUGGCCGAUUUGGUGAAUCCGGAUCGUUCGACGCUGGAAGUUAGCUUCGAGGACGUCGAAAAGUACAAUCAAAACUUGGCCACCACCAUCAUCGAAGAGUAUUAUCGGAUAUUUCCGUAUCUGUGCCAGGCGGUUUCAAACUUUACCAAGGACCGGACAGAGUUGAAGAAGGAGAAGGAAUGCUACGUGUCCUUCACCGAUGUCCCCACUCGGCACAAAGUGCGUGAGCUGACGACGUCUAAAAUUGGCACGUUGAUUCGGAUUUCAGGCCAAGUUGUGCGAACUCAUCCCGUCCAUCCGGAGCUGGUAACGGGAACGUUCGUAUGUUUGGAUUGCCAGACGGAGAUUCGUAAUGUUGAGCAGCAGUUUAAGUUUACCAACCCGACCAUCUGCCGUAAUCCGGUGUGCGCGAAUCGGCGUCGUUUUAUGCUGGAGGUGGACAAAUCUCAGUUCAUCGACUUCCAAAAGGUGCGCAUCCAGGAAACUCAAGCCGAACUCCCCCGCGGAUGUAUCCCGCGUUCGGUUGAGGUGAUUCUGCGAGCGGAAAUCGUCGAAACCGUUCAGGCGGGAGAUCGCUAUGACUUCACGGGAACUUUGAUCGUCGUACCGGAUGUUGGAGCGCUACAGAUGCCGGGGGCCAAGGCAGAGAUUGGAUCUCGCCACAAGCACGGCGACAACGCAGCCGAAGGCGUGCGUGGUUUGAAAGCGCUCGGAGUGCGCGACUUGAACUACAAAAUGGCAUUCCUGGCGUGUUCCGUACAGGCCACGUCGUCCCGGUUCGGCGGAACCGACAUGCCGAUGAGUGAGGUCACGGCUGAGGACAUGAAGAAGCACAUGACCGACGCCGAGUGGAACAAGGUGUACGAAAUGUCGCGCGAUGCGAAGCUUUACCAGAACUUGAUCAACAGCCUGUUCCCGUCGGUUUACGGAAACGACGAGGUCAAGCGGGGCAUUUUGCUGAUGCUGUUUGGAGGAGUGGCGAAAACUACGCAUGAAAAAACAACACUUCGAGGAGACAUCAACUGCUGCAUUGUGGGAGAUCCCAGUACGGCCAAGUCCCAGUUCUUGAAGCAGGUGGCUGAUUUUUCGCCGCGCGCCGUCUACACCUCGGGUAAGGCGUCUUCGGCGGCUGGUCUUACAGCGGCCGUGGUCAAGGACGAAGAAAGUUACGACUUUGUGAUCGAAGCUGGAGCGCUGAUGUUGGCUGAUAACGGAAUCUGCUGCAUCGAUGAGUUUGACAAAAUGGAUCCUCACGAUCAGGUUGCAAUCCACGAAGCGAUGGAACAGCAAACCAUUUCCAUAGCAAAGGCUGGCGUUCGUGCAACGUUGAACGCUAGGACGUCCAUCUUGGCCGCGGCCAACCCGAUUGGAGGUCGUUACGAUCGUUCAAAGUCGCUCCAGCAGAACAUUCAACUUACUGCGCCCAUCAUGUCCCGUUUCGAUCUGUUCUUCAUCCUUGUGGACGAGUGCAACGAAGUCGUGGAUUAUGCCAUCGCGCGUAAGAUCGUCGAUCUGCACACGAACAUUGAAGAUCGCGUCGAACAGGUUUACUCUCGGGAGGACGUGCUUCGUUACAUUAUGUUUGCGCGCCAGUUCAAACCGAUCAUUACUCCGGAAGCCCUCGAGCUGUUGGUCGAAAACUAUGGCCACCUUCGGCAGCGCGACACCGGUACUUCCGGCAAGGGAACCUGGAGAAUCACAGUCCGACAGCUGGAGAGUAUGAUUCGUCUGAGCGAAGCCAUGGCCAAGCUUGAGUGUUGCGAAGAAGUGACGGAAAAACACGUGAAAGAAGCUUACCGACUGCUCAACAAGUCCAUCAUCCGGGUUGAGCAACCCGACAUUCAUCUGGAUGACGAAGACGACGCCGAACUAGCCCUGGCAAUGGAUGCGGAAGAAGCGGCCACCCAGCAGAACGGUCACGGCCACGAAAAUGGCAACGGCGAAAACGGUCACGACGAGACGGCGCCCAAGAAGAAGCUGACUCUUUCGUUCGACGAGUACCGCAACCUGUCCAACAUGCUGGUCAUUCACAUGCGUAACGAAGAGGCCCGCGCCGAGGAGGUUCAGGAGGAAGACGCCGCUCAGUCGGAAGGAAUCAAAAAGUCUGAGCUGAUCAACUGGUACCUGGAGCAGAUCGCGGACCAGAUCGAGAGCGAGGAGGAGCUAAUAGAGCGAAAAACGCUGAUCGAGAAGGUCGUUGAUCGACUGAUGUAUCAUGACCAAGUUAUAAUCCCACUCAAAACGGCCAACCUCGGCGACAAGGAAAGCCAAGAAGAAGAUCCGGUGCUGGUCGUGCACCCGAACUAUGUUGUGGAAUCGUAAGUCGAUUGCCAACUGCAGCAGCUGUACGUUACUUUUCUAUUCCUCUUAUACUCUGUUUUUGAUGUUUAAGGAUAUUUGACAAAUCUUAGGUUAUGCAUCGUUAAUUAUAGACAGAAAAUGUGUGUAAAA